CGGGGUCUGACCUUGGCUAACAGGGGAGGAGACCUCACCAGUGGGGAGAGUGUGAGGGGAGAGGGAGAGCCUGCAGGGCAGACACCUAGGAUCACGCGUCCUGUGACUCUCCCCCAUUCCCAGUCGCCCUCUGUACGGUGGCCACCAUGGCUACUUCGAAGUCACAGGUGGUGCCCAGGGAGGAGGAGACCACCAUCCUCAUGGCCAAGGAAGAGCUGGAGGCCCUGCGCACGGCCUUCGAGUCGGGCGACCUCCCCCAGGCCGCCUCGCGCCUCCGCGAGCUGCUGGCCUCCUCGGAGUGCAUCCGCCUGGAGGUGGGUGUCACAGGCGAGUCGGGAGCUGGCAAGUCGUCCCUCAUCAAUGCCCUGCGCGGCCUGGGGGCCGAGGACCCCGGCGCGGCGCUCACGGGCGUCGUGGAGACCACCAUGCAGCCGUCGCCCUACCCGCACCCACAGUUUCCUGACGUGACGCUGUGGGACCUUCCCGGCGCCGGCUCUCCGGGCUGCUCGGCCGACAAGUACCUGAAGCAAGUGGACUUUGGCCGCUAUGACUUCUUCCUGCUGGUGUCCCCCCGCCGCUGCGGGGCCGUGGAGAGCCGCCUGGCCUCUGAGAUCCUGCGCCAGGGCAAGAAGUUCUACUUUGUGCGCACCAAGGUGGACGAGGACCUGGCGGCCUCGCGCACCCAGCGGCCCUCCGGCUUCAGCGAGGCGGCUGUCCUGCAGGAGAUCCGUGACCACUGCGUGGAGCGGCUGCGGGCGGCCGGCGUGUCCGACCCCCGCAUCUUCCUGGUGUCCAACCUCUCGCCGGCCCGCUACGACUUCCCGCUGCUCAUGUCUACCUGGGAGCACGACCUGCCCGCCCAUCGGCGCCAUGCUGGCCUGCUGUCGCUGCCCGACAUCUCGCUGGAAGCCCUGCAGAAGAAGAAGGACAUGCUCCAGGAGCAGGUGCUCAAGACGGCCCUGGUGUCCGGCGUCAUCCAGGCCCUGCCUGUGCCGGGGCUGGCGGCCGCCUACGACGACGCCCUGCUGGUCCGCUCGCUGCGGGGCUACCACCGCAGCUUCGGCCUGGACGACGACUCACUGGCCAAGCUGGCCGAGCAGGUGGGCAAGCAGGCGGGCGACCUGCGCUCGGUCAUCCGCUCGCCGCUGGCCAACGAGGUGUCGCCGGAGACGGUGCUGCGGCUCUACUCGCAGUCGUCGGACGGCGCCAUGCGGGUGGCGCGGGCCUUCGAGAAGGGCAUCCCCGUGUUUGGCACGCUGGUGGCCGGCGGCAUCAGCUUCGGCACCGUGUACACCAUGCUGCAGGGCUGCCUCAACGAGAUGGCCGAGGACGCCCAGAGGGUCCGCAUCAAGGCCCUGGAGGAGGACGAGCCGCAGCCGCAGCUCAGCCUGGAGGCAGCCGGCGACAGCAGCGUGGAAAAGCGGGGUGCCGGGGAGGGCGGCGGCGAGGAAGCCCCGCUCUCGGCCCGCCGGAAGCUCGGCCUCCUCCUUAAGUACAUUCUCGACAGCUGGAAGAAGCGCGACCUGUCGGAGGAGAAAUGAGAGGCAGCCCCCGCCCCCGCCCCGCCUCACCCACAAACGGAGCCUUAAGAAAACCAACCAAACCAAC